AUGGAACACACGGAGCUUUCUCUUGGCCAGCCUCAGUCAAUCUCGACUGAGGAAACAGAUCCAAUUUCCACGACGAAGAGGAAGCAACAAUCAAUAUGGAGUAAUCCAGUGAACCAGAGUGGUAACAUUGACCUCCAGCUCGAUGAUCCCCUGCCACUAGAUUGGGAGCAAUGCUUAGAUUUGGAAUCAGGAAACAUGUAUUACCUGAACAGGAGGACCAUGAAAAAAAGAUGGAUGAGGCCAAAAGAGCGAAGCAUGGACUUGGAUCUUAACAUCUCAGUGUUUCCAUUCUCAGAAGGAAAGACAACAUACACAGCUCAGGAAAUGAAGAAGCAAUGCAGUUCAAGUAGCAACAUGGUGGCAUUAGUCUGUGUUCAUUGCCAUCUUCUCGUCAUGAUGUUCAAAUCUUCACCACACUGUCCAAAUUGCAACUACCUGCACUCGCUGCCAUUGCAAGAUGUGUCUCAUCAUAAUCUAGAGGCUGCAAAGCCAUUGGAAACUCUGAACCUCCUUCAUUAAUUGUGUUAAAGAUGUGAGUUGAGCAUUUAGGUUGGUAGAAAAAUAUAAUAGUAGUGGUUUGAAGCCAAUGCGAUAAAAUGAAAUCAACUUCAUAAUCAAAUGCUUGUUGAUGGGCCAUCUUUUCAUUAAAUGAAGAGGAGGUGUACCUUGUGAUAUGAAAAGCUUCGACUGUACUAUCAUAAAAUGAUAUAAAUGCUGUUUGGUUUCGGUUGA